GGGACCACUCUCAACACCUCUGGAUAUCGCCAUCAUUCUUGCUGCCACAGAACAAUCUCUACCAGUAUCUUUCGGACUCUCUCAUCCUAUCCCCUCUUGGUAAAAGGCACUGGGCAGUUCGCUGCGGGCAUUGUCCUGGAGAUUGUGCGUACGCCAAUCAGUUCAGCCGCUAACCGAUUCAGUUCUAUCCGGUGUUCUUCGGGUGCCUCCCCUCGUUCAUAUAAUCGGCCACCGGCUAGACUUUUUUCAAUAGAAGGUUAAAACCGCCCCCCACGAAUUCCACCUCCAGACACCAGCCACAAUGCCAGUUACCGUCAAGCCCUCACCUGGGCUUGUGGGCUGCAAUGUCGACCUCACGGUCCGUUCGGCGGAGGACCUACUAAAACACGCAUCGAAAGCCUGGGCACCUGGAUAUGAAAGUAACGACAGGAGGACCCGACAGACGACACAACCCGACAAGCGGCGAAUCAUUCUGUCCUCCUUUUACGAACUCGACUCCCGCACCUCCCGGAUAAUCCCGUAUGGCAACGGCCUAGUCAAUGGUAUCAUACGCGCUUUCCAGCAGGAUCUUCACUUGGUCUUACGGCCCGACGAUAUCUGGCUUUCCAUCCUCACGCAGUUCAGCAUGUUUGUCAACGGGAACGCUGAGCAUCUCCGUGCCCAAUUUGUCCAUCAUGAGGAUAAAAAGGACCUCGCAAUCGAGAUAAGCCCGAAUUCUAUUCGCAAUAUAGACAUAGGCAGGUUUGCACAGGCCAUGACGGUACUGAUUCAGGAAAAUGUAGUGGAUCCACAGCUCAGGGAGCUGAUAAUGCCGAACUUCAGCACGACAACCGACGAGGAUAAGUCGGUCGCUGCAAUAGUUAUGAUGGGAACUUUGCAAAGGUACUUUACCUACACCCUCGCGGGAGGAUGCGGGUUCCCCUCCGUAACCCUACUAGGCGAGAAGUCGGACUGGGAAGCGAUCCUCCAUAGGGUUCAGCGCCUGCCAAAGUAUGGCCACCAAAUAGCGGAGUGGACCCGCCUCCUAACCCCCAUCAUCCAGCACAUGAUAGCCUCCUUCACCCAACCAACUUCGCCAGCCAUCUGGAAUUUCUGGCUGCGAGCCUGCCAUGCCGCGGGGCUGGAUGGAUCCGGGGGUAGUGUGUCCACCAUAUCGGGUUGGAUAACCGCCUUCUGUUUCUUCGAGGAGACCGGUCAGAGGGUAUCGGAAUACUCGGAUAAACAGCUACGCCGCUAUGCGGCCACGACAAGAAUUGCCAAGCGAAAGAGACUAGUCAUAGGGGACGCUGUUUACCCAAUCAUACACCCCUCAAGUAUUCCCAAAGGCGUCGUGUCCGUUCCCAUUGUUGUCCAGGACUACUCGACCGGGCUGGAACACAAGACAACUAUGGUUGCGGGUUCUGUCGGGAUGACUCCUUCUGCUGCGGAUGGUGGAGGGGAAUUGACUACGGUGCAGCCUAGGUCUGGGUGGUGGAUAUUGGAGGAUUCAGUCGGGCGGAUUUCUAGGUCUUAUUGUCCGGAAUAGAAAGAAAAAAAAGCUUUACCGGGGGGUUUGACUUGGAGAUUGGUGGAGCACAUGUUCGGGUAGCCAGUGCCAGUGUUGUAUUGUGUGCUGGUGACCACAUCAAGUUCAUGUGGGGGAUGUGACCACAACACCUAAUUAAAUUUGUCUGCAGUGCUUUGUUUUUCCUCUAUGUGGGAAACAAUGUGUGAGGCAUCAUAAGCUCCCGCAGUUUCAUCUCUCCAAGCUGCCAGCGUUUCAUCGUCCUAAGCUUUUAGUUUCUUCAUAACUGCACAUGUGUACUCUUACGGUACCAAGUGAGUGUUUUGUCCCGCUCAAAUCUCUCGGCUGGCGUGUCUUGAUAAACACGGUCCAGAUUCCCGAUAGCACGAAAUUAGUCUAAACCAGCGAUAUAACCUCUGGCUGUUGGUCCACCUAGUCGAAAAAUUUCUCCCAUAGAAACGCACGAGUAGUCAAACUCGGGUGGGCGAAGUAUCAUACCUCCAUCGAAUGUUGCGAUAAGGGGGGGGGGGGGGUUACAUCAAAAGAUUACCAAAGGAGCUGGGACUGGCAUUCGAACCGGGGGGUUAUAUUAUGGAACCCCUAGCUUACUGAAGAAAAGGAGAGAAAAAAAGGAAACGUGUAGUCACGCUUGAGAAUUUCAUAGGUGUCUGUACGUACCUGGUGUGAAGUGUGGGUUAGGGAUCCUCUGGUUGGCUCCAAGGCCUCAUCCACUGAGAGAUUGCGUUUGCUCCUACUACUCUACCGAAAGUCUCGCAGACCCCUUUCCCCUUCACCGGUAUUGAUUUUGUUCAU